AUGCAAACACCAAUCAACCUGUACUCCGAAAGCGACAAGUACAGAGAUGAGCGCACCGUGUUUAUGCGCGACAUCCGGUCCGAGAUGGAUCGGUUCACGAUAGAACACGACGGGCUGGCGUUCCUGAAGAACAAGAUUGACAUCAAGGACUGGACCAACGAGGACGAAGUUCGGGAGGUGCUGCUGCGGGAGACGCCCGAACUGAUCAAGAAGCACGGGGCCAAGACGGACACGACGCCCGUCUUCGCCAUCCACACGGACUCCACCGUCGACAGCGGCUUCGAGCUGCUCAAGGCGAGCGUGGCCAAGAUGGAGCCCCCGCCUACGGCACUACCCCCCAAGGCCCGCGUCCUCCUGGUCAACGUGUGGAGGCCGCUCAAGACCAUCACACGCGACCCGCUGGCGUUCCUGGUGCCCAGCAGCAUCAGGCCCGAGGAGCGGCACGCGCAGAUCUUCUCGCGGCCCGCGGACACGUUCAAGGUGUUCGGCAAGGACGCCGGAGACUACUGGCUGGACACGGCGUCGUACGCCGAACACCACGAGUGGGUCUUCCUGGGGCACCAGCAGCCGGACGAGCCCGUCAUGUUCCUGCAGUGGGACAGCGAGGGGGUGAACAGGUUCGAGUCCAAGAUGAGCGUGUUCCACAGCUGUUUUGAGGACUCGGAGUAUGAGGACCACCCCGAGAGAGCGAGCAUGGAGCUCAAGUGUCUUGUGUUCUUUGACGAUUGA